GGCAGGACAGGAAGACUGACUGUGUUACCCAGUGUAUGUGUGCAUUACAGAAGUAUUCAACAAGGGAGAGAGACAGGACUUUGGGAAUUGGGGUGACAGUCUGCAGGAGCCAAAGGAGAUGGCGUCUGUACAGUAAAUUGCAAGAUGGCGUAUCCCUUUCUCAUCAUAGAGUCCCAGCACAUCUAAUCCUCUGAUACCUGAGAUUCCCUCGCUUGGCACUAAGUGCCGGACUACAAAGAGUGUCUGGCUCCAUCUUAUGUUCCGUUCUCGUCGGUCUGUCUCUGCUAGGCAGCUUUGGAGGCAGCGCUGUACAACGCCGAGCCGGGGCCUGGGGGAGGGGGCACCCCCCAACCCCGAAGACCUCCAGAAUGCCCUGCGGCCUACAGCCCACCAGCUCUUUAAGAAGCUGAAAGAUGAGCAGUUAUGGCAGCUGGCGGAGGCGGUUGAGAGCAAGGGACGCUGGGAUUGCGGCUGUGUCUGGUUCCCAUGGGAGUCAAGGGGUGGCAAACAGGCACUGGCACCCCAAGUGUUGCUAUGCAAGCUGUAUCGCUGGCCAGACCUGAGGCAGGCAUCCGAGCUGAAGAGGUUGAUGCAAUGUGAGAAUUUCUGGAGAAAGGGCAGUGAAGGAACGUCCAUUUGCUGUAAUCCGUACCACUUCAGCCGGCUGGCAGUGCCAGGUUUGCAGGGGAAAAAGUUACCUACCCAAGUCCCCUGCAAGGUAAAGGAGAGCCUACGGUUUGUUCCAUCCGAUCCAUUUUCUCCUCUAAACCCAGGGAGCACCUACAGCAAUGUCCGAGGCCGACAUGACACCACUUUGUCCCGAGGCUCCUAUAAGGAUGGAUACUGGUGCAAACUGGCAUACUGGGAGCACCGGACCCGCGUAGGCCGUCUCUACACUGUGAGUGAGCCAUCGGUGCAUAUCUUCCACGACUUGCCCAAGGGUAGUGGCUUUUGUCUGGGAUUCCUGGGCUCUGAAACCCGAAAUGAAACCGUAAGACGCACCCGGAUGAAGAUAGGUCAGGGUAUAACCUUAAGCCAUGAGAAUGAUGGGGUUUGGGUUUACAACAGAUCCGAGCACCCAAUUUUCAUCAAUUCCCCUACACUGGCUCCUGUAAACACCCGCGGGCAGUCUGUGCACAAGCUGCUCCCAGGAUACUCCAUCAAAGUCUUUGAUUCUGAACAGGAGGUCUCCAGGUGUCAUGUUCUGGGGGAUGGGCCCUACGACCCUCACAGUGUGCGUAUCAGUUUUGCCAAGGGCUGGGGAUCAUGCUACUCUCGGCAGUUUAUCACUUCCUGCCCUUGCUGGCUAGAAGUCCUUCUAAGACCACCGAGAUGAACAUGCUCCUCCGACAUCUGGAGCUCCUAAGCCAAUGCAUCAUAAUCUGAAUAAACCAGUUCCACCUGCCAAGCUUGGCCUCCAUCACCUGUGCUGCCGUCAGAAUAGAGACUUGUCACCUGUGCCACCUGCUGAGCUUAUGCUUCAACACCAACUGCUAAACCUGGACUCAAUCAUCAGUGUCACCUUCUAAGCUUUUGCUUCACCAACUGUGCCAACUGCUAAACAUGGACUUUAUUUCCACCUGCUGAGUAUAGACUGCACCACUUGUCCUGUCUGCUGAAUCUAGGCUUCAUUCCAUGUCUGAUAAAUAUACAAAUAUUCCUAUAAAUGAAAACCAGUGUCUUCUGGACUCAUCAUCUGCAUUGUUUACACAUGGAUUUUUUAGAUCUGUUAUUUGGUAAAUUCUUCAUUGAAUGUUGCUCAAUCUCCUUGAAUAUCGCUCAAUCUCCUUGAAUAUCAACGUUUUGAAAUAUUCAUCUGUUUAACUGUUAAGGUCAGAAUUGCAAUUGUCAUGCCAUGACUCCAGACUCUAUCUUACUGAAUCCAGACUUCACCACUGCUCCCUGAUGACCCCCAACUCAAUCUCACUGAAUCCAGAUGUCUUCUUUGAAACCUGACUUUUGGCUCCAUCUUUCACUGCCUAAUUAAUCCUUAACUCAGGGUCUGUCGUUUUAAACUUCUAUAAUAUCCAGAUUCCAUCUUCACUUUAUCAUCAUCAGAACCUCGGAAACUUUCAUUGCAUCCGGAAUCAACCAUAUGUGCUACUCACCAAAUUCAGGUUCCAGAGCUUCUAUUGUCCACAACACUUACAGCUUCUUCAGCUCACAUAUGUAUUUUUACAAAGUACGAACUUUCGAUAUCGAUACACUCGCAGCUCUAAGGCAUCUCUCUUUUACCGAUGUGAAAUGAAGUAUACAUCAUGGGAGGACUGGUGCUCUCCUGUAUAUCUCAUCGAGAUGACCAUGUUACCACUUAUUAAUACUUAUCUAGAAGUUUAAAUUUACUCUACUCUGGAGCCCAAUGAGCAGAACUCACUACAUGUCUACAUGCUUUUAAUGAAACGUUCACAAAAAACAGAAGCUAUUGUUCAACAGAACAGAUCAUUCUUGGACUCCAGAAAUGACAUGUUUGUAGAUAAUGGGUGUUAGGUACAAAAUAUGAUUUUGAGCAGACUAAGUGGAUUCCUGAGAUUAAGGAGAUGAUUUAUCAAACGUUUCUGUUCUAAAAAGUGGUGCAAAAAAAAAAAGUAGAAGGGGUGGCGUCACCAAUUGAAUAAGCCUGCCAGUUCCAAUGGUUUCCAUGGUGAUCGAUCCACAUUUAGUACUAUAAAAUACUUUUUAGAACAGCACACUGUCAGAAUUCCACUAACACUCUACCAGUGAUACAUUGAUGUAUCUGCCCUGUAACAAAUUGCCUUAUCGUCUAAUCCACAAUCUGACACUUCAAUCGCAGAGCACUCGGAUUUAGGGGCUACAUUUAGCAAUAUCUCAAACACGACUCAUUGUUUU